UUAUCGGUUCAUGUUUAGUCUCGUCAGUCUCGGUACUCUCUGCCUCUCUAACAGCACCAUUAUCGAAUGGAAGUAGCCACUGCAUCAGCAUCGAGCUUCGCGCUCCAUACACGCAUGUUAGCAACACCACCACGGGCCUCUCCACAAUCCAUAACUGCAAGUUCUUCUUCUCCUCUCAGAGCCUCUCUAUCUACCAGCUUUCUUUCUCCAUUUUCCAAUGGCAGCGUCUCCGCUGCCUUUUCCGGAAUCAAGCUUCGACCCCAAUCCCUCAACCCGGAUUCGUUCUCCCGUUCCAAGCCCAAGAGGCCUGUCGUUACCAUGGUUAUUCCUUUUUCAAGGGGAAGUGCAUGGGAGCAACCUCCUCCAGACUUAGCCUCUUAUUUGUACAAGAAUCGAAUUGUUUACUUGGGCAUGUCUCUUGUUCCUUCAGUUACAGAAUUGAUACUUGCUGAAUUUCUUUAUCUACAGUAUGAAGAUGCCGAUAAGCCUAUUUACUUAUACAUUAAUUCUACUGGAACAACCAAGGGUGGAGAGAAGCUGGGUUAUGAAACUGAGGCUUUUGCAAUAUAUGAUGUUAUGAGUUAUGUGAAGCCACCUAUAUUUACUCUUUGUGUGGGUAAUGCUUGGGGUGAAGCGGCUCUACUUUUGGCUGCUGGUGCAAGGGGAAAUCGUUCAGCCUUGCCUUCAUCAACGAUCAUGAUGAAGCAGCCAAUUGCAAGGUUUCAAGGUCAAGCAACUGAUGUAGACCUUGCAAGAAAAGAAAUAAAGAAUGUGAAGGCAGAAUUGGUUAAACUCUAUGCAAAGCAUAUUGGAAAAACACCUGAGCAGAUUGAAGCUGACAUCAGACGCCCAAAAUACUUUAGUCCCAGUGAGGCAGUUGAAUAUGGCAUCAUAGAUAAGGUACUAUACAACGAGAGAAGCCCUGAAGACCACGGAGUUGUUUCUGACUUGAAAAAGGCGCAACUUAUUUAACUCUAGGAAACUUUAUUUGGUCAUUGCUCAGAGUAUUAAGAGAAUUGUAGAUUGAAUUGCUGGCGUGUCAAGAAGCUGAGAAGACGAUGGCAAGAUCCAUGUGUUAGCAAAAGGAAAAGACACGAAGGUCAGAACAAUAACAAUAUGGGUUUAGUAAUAGAAUAUGUUGCUGGACUGUGUGGAUGUAAUGUACAUUGGUCACAUACAUCCAUGCAUGUUAUAUUCACUCACCAUUUUUAACUGUUGUUAUGAAUUGAAACCAAUUAAUGGUGUGUUGUAAUAUCUGAAAUGCCAAGAAUUGUGCAUUCAUGUUUUUUUGUUCUUUCCUUGUGGCGAAGCACUAGAUGCUUA